AUGUGGUGUUGGCUUCAAGUGUUUGGUAUCCUCCCUCCAUUGCAAACUUUGGCCGGCAUUAACCCAGAGCUUCACCUCAAUCAGCAACGCCAAUGCUCUGGACUCUCUUUGCCCGCGUCUACCGCCUCCAUCCCACCCACCCCCCUUUGUGGGUUGUGGGUUGGGAAAGGCAAAAUAAAUCACCGAAUGAAAGGGGAUAGGAGUGGUGUCGAGCUGACAAGACAAGACACGAUACUUGGCGCCGUGGCCCCCAAGCCCCCCUUGGCCAGAACUCGCCAGGGCCAAGACCUCUCAGUUCUGUGA